AUUCAAAAUCACACAAAUCUUAACGGAUCACAUUCCAUUUCCUGCUUCUUAUAUUCAAUCCCAUUUCCAUCAUUUUCAUUCCCCUCUCCCUUCACAUUUCUUCUCUUCGUUCUUUCCCUUCCAUCACCACCCCUCCUCGCCAUUUCCCUCCUCAAGCAAGAUACUAAAAGAUGGCAGAAGGUGAGGAUAUUCAGCCUCUUGUCUGUGACAAUGGAACUGGAAUGGUUAAGGCUGGUUUUGCUGGAGACGACGCCCCACGAGCUGUUUUUCCCAGCAUUGUAGGCCGCCCUCGCCACACUGGUGUGAUGGUAGGAAUGGGCCAGAAAGAUGCAUAUGUUGGAGAUGAGGCACAAUCCAAGAGGGGUAUCUUGACUCUCAAGUAUCCAAUUGAGCAUGGUAUUGUAAGCAAUUGGGAUGAUAUGGAGAAGAUUUGGCAUCACACAUUCUAUAAUGAGCUUCGAGUUGCCCCUGAAGAGCAUCCAGUUUUGCUGACUGAGGCUCCUCUUAACCCGAAAGCUAAUCGUGAGAAGAUGACUCAAAUCAUGUUUGAGACCUUCAAUGCCCCUGCCAUGUAUGUAGCCAUUCAGGCUGUUCUUUCAUUGUAUGCUAGUGGUCGCACAACCGGUAUUGUGUUGGAUUCAGGGGAUGGUGUCAGCCACACUGUCCCUAUCUAUGAGGGUUAUGCUCUGCCACAUGCCAUCCUUAGGCUUGAUCUCGCUGGUCGUGACCUCACAGAUUUCUUGAUGAAAAUCUUGACUGAGCGUGGUUACUCAUUUACCACCUCAGCAGAGCGAGAAAUCGUGAGGGAUGUGAAAGAGAAGCUGUCCUACAUUGCACUUGACUAUGAGCAAGAGCUGCAGACAGCCAAGACCAGCUCCUCUGUGGAGAAGAGCUAUGAGUUGCCAGAUGGACAAGUGAUUACCAUCGGCGACGAACGUUUCAGAUGUCCUGAGGUGCUUUUCCAGCCAUCCAUGAUAGGAAUGGAAGCUGCAGGUAUCCACGAGACGACAUACAACUCGAUCAUGAAGUGCGAUGUUGAUAUCAGGAAAGACUUGUAUGGCAACAUUGUUCUAUCAGGAGGAACAACUAUGUUCCCCGGCAUCGCCGAUAGAAUGAGCAAGGAAAUCUCUGCAUUGGCUCCCAGCAGCAUGAAGAUCAAGGUGGUGGCUCCCCCUGAGAGAAAAUAUAGUGUCUGGAUUGGUGGUUCUAUCUUGGCAUCCCUCAGCACUUUUCAGCAGAUGUGGAUUGCAAAGGCAGAAUAUGAUGAGUCUGGACCAUCAAUUGUGCACAGAAAAUGCUUCUAAGGUGUUUUGAGAGGAAAUAGUUGGUGUCAUUAUUAUUGAAAGAAAUUUUAAAAGAAAAGGUGGUGGUUGUGUUUGAGUUCCUCAAGGAAUUGAAGCAGUGCAGCUUUGUAACCCUUUUCAAUUCAUUCUAGCUUUUAUUUAUUCAUUCAUUCUUUCAUUCAUUCAUUCAUGUUUAUGCUCAUGUUGGGAGUCAUGAUCUUCACAAG